AUGGAUGCUGCAUUUAUUUGGAAUUUAUCUAAACUUGGACGUAUUGGAUCUAGACGUUUACAAUUUGAUGAUGAUUUUGCUGAUAGAUUAAAUUAUCAGUACACAAGUGUAUUAUUGUUCUUAUUUAUUGGUCUUAUUGGUGUACGUCAAUAUGUUGGAAAGCCAAUUCAGUGUUGGAUACCUCAAGAGUUUACAAGAGGUUGGGAAGAGUAUGCUGAAAAUUAUUGUUGGGUAGCAAAUACAUAUUUUGCACCAAUUGAAAAUCGAUUACCACCUGUUCCAGAUAGACGUGAAUUACUUUUAGUCUAUUAUCAAUGGGCACCAAUUGUAAUGGCUGCUCAAGCUUUAUUAUUUUAUUUACCGUGUUUAAUGUGGCGUUUAGGUAUGUCACAUUCAGGUUUCAAUCUACAUCGUGUCUUACAAAUGGCAGCCGAAGCUAAUGAAAUGUUACCAGAAGCAACAGCUAAAACUGUUCACAUUCUGUCUCAUUAUAUGAAGAGUUGUAUACAACGUCAAAGAUUGUACAAGUAUACUAAUCAAUUCAGAAAUAUGGGACUUUAUAAUCGACUAGUAAAUGAAGCUUUAAAUGAAAAAUCACAAUCACAUUUGCAUAUAAAUACAACAGAAAAUGAUGAAGAACGAGCAUGCUAUUUAAAUACAAGACAAAUUCAUCCAUACAAUAUGAUUUAUCCAUGUGAACCAAUUGUUGAAGAAAAUACCUUCGAUGUCAUUCCAAAAACAACUAUUGAUAAUUCUGUUAACACUAUGAAAAUACAAAAUGAAGUGAUAUUAUCUAAUCAAAGUACAGAACAUUUAGCUAGUUCUAAUUCAUCUUCAGAAACGUUGAAUAAAGGACGUGGAAGAAAACCAGCACCACCUCCUCCACCAAAAAUGAAUUCAACUUCAGAAAGUUUAUUGAAACAUCCGAAUGUUGACAGAUUCGAGGCAGAAAGUCGAUCAACAGAAGUACAAAAUAUAAAAUCAUCUGAAAAUUUGAUCAAUUUUCAAGAGAACAAAAAAAAGGAGUCAACAUGUAAAGUCUCAACAGAAAAUAGAAAAUUAAGUCAAACACUCAAAGAUUUUGGUAAAGAGCACAAAAAUCUAUCAAAUUUAAUAUGUUGGCCUUCAUGGUGUGGUACAGAACAAGGGAAUUUUCUUGUCACACUAUAUAUGCUAGUCAAACUUAGUUAUCUAUCAAAUGUGAUUGGACAAAUUUAUUUAAUGCAACAUUUUAUUGGUACAAAGUAUACACUAUAUGGUGCUCAAGUAUUAAUUGAUUUAAUCAGAGGACAAGAAUGGCAUCAUUCUGGACACUUUCCAAGAGUUACAUUCUGUGAUUUAGAAGCUAAGAAGUUGGGCAAAAAUCAUAUCUAUACUCUACAAUGUGUUCUACCAUUGAAUAUGUUCUUAGAAAAAAUUUAUAUAUUCUUAUGGUUCUGGCAUGUACUCAUUGCAUUCAUCACAUUGAUUAGCUUCAUUAUAUGGUUCUAUCGAUUAUUUUCACCAAUAUCACGUAUCAAAUUUAUCACGGAUCAUUUAAAAGUUCUUAAUUUAUUACCUAUUAAUAAGGAAUUGAAAAAAGAUAUUGAAAUACAAAACUUUGUUAAUUAUUAUUUAGGUUUAGAUGGUCUAUUUGUAAUACGUUUAAUUACAGCGAAUUGUGGUAUACUAUUAGCUGGUGAAUUAACUGCUGAAUUAUGGCAAAGUUAUAAAAAUUUAUCCAAUGAACAAAUUAUUUAUCAAUUAUAUAAUAAAUCAAAUUUUCCAAUUAUUCAACAUGAAAAAGAUACUUCAAUUGAUGAAGUGAUUUAUCAUUGGAAAUCUAUUCCACCAACCAAUAUCACAUACAAUAGUAAAAUGUCUAAAGUAACAUUGAAUCCUAAACAAAAUAAAGAAAUGACUAAUCAUCUUCAUAGACAUACUAUUCAACAAUCGAAAUCAUCAUUACCAACAAGUAGAUUGAAUGAUCAAAGUGUAAUCAAUCCAUGUGAAACUUUUACACAAGUUGGUAAUAGUAAAUUGAAGUUAACUAAACUUCAUCAAUCAUAUAUUACUCAAUCAAAUAAUACAUCAGAUGAUAUAGUUUAAACUAUUAGUCAAUAUGAAGUGAAUGAUAAAAUAAGUCUAUGAUUUCUUCAUCAUGUAAACCGCUUAGCAUUUCAUUGACUUACAUACAGAUUACAUUUUCUCUUCAUCGUCAUCAUCAUCGCCAUCAUCAUCGUUGUCGUCGUCGUCGUCGUCGUCCACAACGAUAUACAAAUUCAUUCAUUUUAUUAAAAUAUCCAAUAAGAGUUAAUUAACCCUUAAUCAAUAUUAGUUGAACACUGAUA